AUGACUAUCUAAUCAAUGAUGCCAAAAUAUGAGCAUCCUAAGAACUCACUGAAUCUAAGAUUUUAGUUAUAUACUCUAAGUUAUCUGGCUGACUCUACAAGAAAUUUUAACACAUUUCAAAGACACCUUACUUCUUAUGAUAAAUUACUUUUUCAAUAGGAUUAAAUUCAGAAUAAUGUUCUAGAUCGAAUAUUUAAUAAGGAUCAUAUGUAAACCAAUCCAUAUUAAUUAUUUAACAAGAUGAAAGUUAAAAUUUCUGUUUAGACCUUAUUUGGUAAGGUAUUAAGGCUAUAGAUACACUUUUUUUUAGUUGGUUAGACACCUUAAAUUGCUGAUCUUAAUACUCUUAGUUCGAAGCUUGUAUAUCAAAAAUACCUUCUUGAUCAUUGCUAACCUUACUAUUUUUUUAGGAAUCUUCUUUAUGCUUUAAGUAUUUAGAUGGAUUUUCAUUUUGAUAUUUAUUGGUUUGCGCUUUUUGCUAUUUUUUAGUUGAUAUGA